GCGGGGCUGAGGAAACUCUGUGAAUCCUUUAGCUGGCCAUUUUAAGAUAACAUCAGCAGAGCUGAAACCAAAGUCCGUUAGACUACUACUUAUUGAGAGACAACAUGGGUAGGAUUUAUUUUAGGCCUACAUGCAUUUUGUAUACUUUGUAUGCAUUUUUAGGCGCUAUUAUAUGUUGUAGGCCUAUGCUUAAAGAUGCCCGGGCGACUGUUACUUCGAGCAUCCCAACGAUUGCGCGAUAUUUCACUACAAAAGGAAGAUAUGAGGAAGUCAAUCCACAUCUUAUUGGGGACAUAUAUGCUGUAAACACAUCAGUUUUACAAGCCCUCUCUCCAGGAUGUCGCGAAAUGCAUUUGUCCACCAUAAUACGCCAUGGGACACGGUACCCAACGAGCAAAAGCGUGGAGAAGAUGCAGAGGCUGUACAACCUCAUUGUACACAAUGCUUCUGGAAAUGCCAUCUGGGUGCGUGAGAUUAAGGAAAAAUUCGUCAUGCGGUACACCGAAGAAAUGGACGGACGCCUUGCCGAUAAAGGUGUACUGGAUCACAAGCAUCUGGCCGUCAGGUUGUCGAAGCUCUUUCCAUCUUUGGUGUCAAGGGAGAAGCUGCGAGGUGGAAAGAUUAGCUUCGUCACCAGCUCGAAGCACAGGUGCGUUAACAGCACCUUGGCUUUCAAGAGAGGACUCACAGACCUGUGGAGUGUUGAAGAGGAAGUUGAGCACACGGUGAACGAUACCCUGAUGCGGUUCUUCGACGAGUGUCCCCGGUUUGUUAAGGAAGUGGAAGAGAAACCCGGCUCUAUGGCCGAGCGCGACAAGUUUGAGUUAGGACCGGAAAUGCAGAGGGUGGGGGAGAAGAUGGCAGACCGCCUCGGCCUUCCAUACAACCUCAUCAACGCAGAUAUGGCACAAGCUGCGUUUCAUUUCUGUGCCUAUGAGUUCGCACUCAACACGGUCAACUCCCCCUGGUGUAGGCUUUUUGAUGAAGUCGAUGCUCAGGUAAUGGAGUAUUUAAAUGACCUGAAGCAAUACUGGAAGAGGGGCUAUGGCCAUCUGAUUAACAGCCAAUCGAGCUGCAUUCUGUUCCAUGACCUUUUCAGUCGGCUAGACAAGGCAGCAGAGGAGAGCAAGUCCGGCGGUCCCAUUUCGGAGGCGGUGAGCAUCCAGGUGGGCCAUGCCGAUACCCUCCUCCCACUGCUCACCCUGCUGGGUCUCUUCAAGGACGAGGUCCGGCUGACGGCCGCCAACUUCGCCGCGCAGGGGGGGCGCUCCUUCCGCACCAGCCGCACGCUGCCCUACGCCGCCAACCUGGUGGUUGCGCUGUACGACUGCGACGAGGGCGGCGAGCUCAGGGUGCAGGCACUGCUCAACGAGGAGCCGCUGACCUUCCCCGGCAUGGAGGCCGCGCCCCUGUACCGCGUCCUCAGGCAGCACUAUCUCCCACUGCUGAAGAGCUGUGUCUUUGAGGAGGUGUGCCGGCUGCCCCCCCAGCGCAAGUAGCUUUUAGAGUGUGAGGAAGUGUUUGUAUUUACCUUCCGCUUGUUCAUCAGCAAGUGCCUUUUUAUCCAAAGCAACUUACAGUGAUUUGAGGUACAGGUCUUUUUAAGGAGCAGGGGGGGGGUUAAGGGGGUCUGGUGUAGGGGAUGAGGGCUGAGGCUCAGGGAUGACUACGGGUGACGUUAUGGACAUUGGGAAUGAAACCAUUUAAUGUUCGGCUGGGAGUCCAAGACUAGUUAUAUAUAAUUCAAUUUAAUGUUUUUUUUGUGUUUUUUAAUAGGUUUGGAUAUGCUAUAACUUAGGGCAGAUUAUACAUUCAUGUUGGAAAGUAAGCACAAUAUUAAUGGCACAUUAGCCUGGUUUUGUAUCCAGGUUUUUUGUGUGUAGAAUAUAUUUCCCAUUUCUCCACAAAGGAGUGGGAGGUCCAAAGGCAUGCUAACUAAUAAAAUGUAGUUAAACUAGUUAAAACUAGUUUAACUACAUUUCUUGGCAGUUAAAAUGUAUUAAUACUGAUAUAUAUAUUUUUUUGCUAUAUAAUCGUUUAUAUGUGACUUAUUACACUGCUUUUAUGCGAUAUAAAUGAGAACUGAAUGAA